GCGCGUAAGGCUCACGCUCUCCGACCCGCACACCUGCGCUCCGCCCCUUGGUCCCUGGCAAGCCACGGGCGAAGGCAUUUGAGAACCCAGGGGAGGCUUGCAGGGGCUGCCCCAAUCUCCUCCCUUUCCCAGGGCCCGAGUUACCCAGAGCCUGCCGCGGCCAACCAGCCCGCAUCCCGGACAUCCUCCUCCCCCUCCCCCAACGCCAGCACCGCACCGGUAUCCGCAGCCACAGCCGGGAGCCGGUGAGGCGGUGAAGGGGGAGGGGGAGGAAUCAAGGGAUGAGCACCGGGAGGGCGUCGGGGGCCUUGAGCCGAACUAGGACGCCCCUGGAGCCGGAAGCCGAGCCGGAAUUGGAACCAGAACCUAACCACCGGUACCGGCUGCAGUCCCCUAAACCCAGGAGGCUCCCUGGCCCGUGCUCGCCCCCCAGGGCCUCAUGUCGGAACCACAGCCUGACCUGGAGCCGCCCCAGCAUGGGCUGUACAUGCUCUUCCUGCUGGUGCUGGUUUUCUUUCUCAUGGGCCUUGUGGGCUUCAUGAUCUGCCACGUGCUCAAGAAGAAAGGCUACCGCUGCCGCACGUCCAGGGGCUCCGAGCCUGACGACGCCCAGCUCCAGCCCCCCGAGGAUGAUGACGUGAAUGAGGACACGGUGGAGAAGAUCGUUCGCUGCAUCAUCCAAAAUGAAGCCAACGCCGAGGCCCUGAAGGAGAUGCUGGGGGACAGUGAGGGAGAAGGGACAGUGCAGCUUUCCAGUGUGGAUGCCACCUCCAGCCUGCAAGAUGGAGCCCCCUCCCAUCACCACACAGUACACCUGGGCUCUUCCGCCCCUUGCAUCCACUGUAGCCGGAACAAGAGGCCUCCACUUGUCCGUCAGGGACGCUCCAAGGAAGGAAAGAGCCGCCCCCGGCCUGGGGAAACCACCGUGUUCUCUGUGGGCAGGUUCCGGGUGACACACAUUGAGAAGCGCUAUGGGCCACAUGAGCAUCGUGAUGGCUCCCCCCCAGACAGGAGCUGGGGCUCUGGUGGAGGGCAGGACCCAGGGGGAGGACAGCCCAGGGCAGGGACACCUGCCAUCGAGAGGCGGCCCCCCGAAGUAUCACAACCCCAGGCUCUAGCCAGCCCCCCAGUGCAGAAUGGAAGACUCAGGGACAGUGGUCUCAUCCCUUACAAUCUUGAGGGGAACCCUGGAGCCUCUGCAGAGCCAGUACUGGGGACCAGAGGGAGGGGCCCAAACCCAGGGCUGCCAAGUCCAGAGGUAAAUGGACAGCCAAGCAAACCAGACCCCUCAGAUUGCCAGGUAUGA